AGUCAAAAGUAUUCGUUCGAGGGAUAUUUAUACUACUCUAAAGCAGGGAUUCCAAGUUUAAGAAAAACGUCAGAAUAUUCCAGGUGGUCUCGUGGCAAAUACAAUUCAUUUUCAAGCGUCACUUUGCUAAAUAACGAGCUAAUUAUGGUUUCGAACUCGAAAGUUUUAUCUACCGGAAAUAUUGUUAUUUCUGGAUACCUAAUGAAGAGCAGACGUAUUGAAUUGUUGCGCAAAGUCCUGUGGAAUCUUCACUGUAUGAAACAUUCGUCAGAAUCCAGUGUUCUGAACACAAUCAUUAUUACGUAUAAUAAUCUUGUUAAUACUACAAGUAAUUGA